UUCGCAAUCACGAGUGACAUGUCCACCUCCGAUCGCAGUCAGGGCCGCACCAGAGGUACCACUCCCCGAAUUGCAGACCUCGCGUCCACCCCCGAAACGCCCCGAACACCCCCAGGCCGCUCCAAUUCCUCGAUAUAUGGCUCACCCGGCGGAUUCCGGGUGGAGGAUGAAUAUGUAGUGCUCGAAGUUGGCGCCCGCUUCGUACGUGGCGGUCUGCCCGGCGAAACCACCCCGCGGUGCACCCUUACUUUCGGCCCAGACGAGCAGCGGAGGGCAGCCGACUACCGCCAGUGGGACCCAGAACACCACCACUCGCGACGAAAGCGCAAAAGAGACCAGGCGUGGGGGCAGGAUCAUGAACUGUACCGGCUUGAUAUUAACCAGGUGGAUCUGGGCCUGGUCGAGGACAAAUUCGAGCGAGCCAUGCGCGAGGCCUUUAACAAGUAUUUUGUUCUCGACACCAAACCGCGACGCAUUAUGCUUUCGUUACCGCCAAAAUUGCCGCAUGCUCUCAUGUCCACCAUACUGGACGUUCUUUUUGGCAAUUUCCAGGCACCCUCCAUCACCCUCCUUUCGGCCCCAGUUCUUGCUACCGUUGCGGCCGGACUUCGAUCAGCGCUGGUGGUAGAUAUAGGAUGGGCAGAGACGCUCAUCACGGCCGUCUGCGAGUACCGCGAGGUGAACGAGCAAAGGACCACUCGCGCCACCAAGCUUCUAAGUGAGCAUAUGGCAAACAUCCUGAAUGCUGCACUUGAUGAUGAGCCGGGCGCCGGUGAUCCAAAGGCGGAAAUCUCUUUCGAGGAAGCUGACGAGGUGCUCACUCGGGUUGGCUGGUGCAAAUCGAAACCGAGAUCCAAUCGCAGAACCAUGUAUUUCGCGGCUCGCACUUCACCCAUCCUCGAAGAAUUUGAGGAUGCUGUGGAAUCACCAGAACCCACCAUCAAUAUUCCAUUUCCAAAGCAUACACCUCCAACUGAACUCACAAUACCAUUCACAUCUUUGGCCAAGCCUGCCGAGAGCGCCUUGUUUGCGCCUGAUAUGGCACUCAAUGAGUUUGACGAUCAAGAGCUCCCUUUGCAUCACCUAAUCUACCGGGCACUAUUGUCCUUACCUAUGGACGUCCGUCGACUCUGUAUGUCACGCAUCAUAAUCACCGGCGGCGGAUCGCAGCUCCCUGGUCUCAAAACCCGCUUGCUGGCAGAACUUGAAGCGCUCGUCUCGCAGAAAGGAUGGGACCCAGUCCGCAACUAUGGCUCGGCCAGUGCGCGGCACGAACAGCUCAUGAAUCAGAAGCGGGAGAAUCUAGAGCUAAGAAAUCAAGAAGGCGAAGACAAGGUGUCAGAAUCUCUUGACCCCGAGACACCGUUGCCACCAGGCCUGCAGAACCCCGAGGAGGACUUCAUUGACGCGAAACUCUCCCAUCUCGCCUUGAAAAAUGUACCAUCCGCUUCCCUAGUAGGCGGAGUCAUCAGGGGUGUAGACACAUUAGGCGCUUGGGCUGGUGCUAGUCUCGUAGCCCAUCACCGUAUUAAAGGCAUCGUGGAGAUAGAGAGGGAAAGGUAUCUUCAGCACGGCUUGCAGGGCGCUACCAGGGAGAAAGAAGUAUCUGUUGUACAACAACGGCAGAGCAUGGGGCCGGGCAUAGGGAUGGGACGGGGAGGAGGCGAUAGAGCGAGCUGGACGCUUGGAGUAUGGGCUUGA